CUUAUUGUUAUUCGGAGUUACCCAGGGCUUGGAGAAAGUUUCUGAACAGCCUGGAUGAAGCUCCGUCGGUUAUCUCGGUGCUUGCGCUUGGUGUUUGGAUGCCGAGGUGGACUUUCUGUUCUUCCAGAACGUGUUUAGGUGUUAUUUCAGGGGUCUGAUGCCGGGUACUUUCCUCCAUCAGCGCACACUUACCAUGCCGCCCCUCGAUGGGCCACGGGAUUAAACGUUUUCACCGGACCGGGCGUCCCCGGUGAACGCCGAGCAGGUCGCGAUGGCUCAAAGGGUCUUCAAGCCGACACCAGAGAUGGUCCACCAGAAGUCUGGCUCUGAAGCAACGAAGCAAGAAGAUGGCACGGUUUCUGAUCGCGAGGAGCCCUGGGAGUGUGUGAAAAGAGAACGAGAUUCUUACAGGGAAGUGAAAACUGAGCAAUGCCCGGCCUCUAGUUCACUGGAGAACCCCAUCCUGUGUAUGAUUGUCGAUGGGUGCCACAGCCCCGUCGUUCCACCUCGUUCGAUAAAAGACGAGAAAAGAAACGACCUGAAGAGCAUGAGCGCGCAAAUCAAGGAGGAGAGCUUCUCUGCAGGAGAAGACCUGUCGGAAGGAAGGAACGUCUCGGACGGUAUGACCACCGAAGGGGAUUAUAUAGUCGUCCAGAUUAAAGAGGAAUCGGUGCCGCAUGAAGGCGGCAGCUGUGCAGACGGCGACACGAGUUCAUCAACCGAUCGCCCGUGGCCAGGAACCGCAUCUGGUUCUAUCAAGCCAGAAUCCUCAGAAGCUGACAUCCACACAAGCACCGGGUAUAUAUCUAGACGUAUCAAGGAGGAAGCGGCCUGGUGUGAUGAAGGACACCUCAAAGAUGCCGGUAUUGAUGCAGCCGCGACAGAUACCCGGAAGGGGGGCACGUCUGCUCUUCUUAUUAAGGAAGAGUUGGCCUCCGAUGUGGACUCCAUCGUUUACACGGAGGUGCGACAUGCAUCUACUAAUGUUAAGGAGGAAUCGGUCUCGCAUGAAGAAGACGACCUCUCAGACACCAUUGUCUAUACACUUGGAGGCGAUACGGAGGCAGAAUAUAUGUCUGCUUGUAUUAAGGAGGAGGAGACGUCCGGCGAAGAAGACAUGGAGUAUGGGUCUAGCGGUGGUAGGUAUCCCAGUAAACCGAGGACAAGUGAUAAUGUAGCGGUAAGACAAGGCAACGAGGAAGAUGGGAUGGCUGGUUUGAAUGGGUCAAAAGGAGAUAAAGGAGACACAGAUGCAAGAACAGCAGAGAUGAUUUCAACUUUAGAAGACAAGAUAGCUCUUUUAGAAAAAAACAUCAAUUUAAUAAAGCGAUUGCUCCAGUAUUCUCUAAAAGGCGCGAAAGUAUCUGGGGACAAAGUUUAUGUCCCUAUAGAUUUAACAGCAGAUUAUUCCGGGGCUCAAGCCGCUUGUGAAAGAGAAGGUGGAACUUUACCCACGCCGACCAACAGCGCUGAGGACGCCGCGAUCCAUGAGGUUGCAAAGGAAUUAAAAAUUUAUGUGUUUCUAGGGAUAAACGAUAGGAAAGAGGAGGGCGUAUUUAUGUACCUAGAUGGGAAAAAAAUCAACUAUAGUAACUGGCGUCAAAAUGAACCCAAUGGAAAAAAGGCUGAAAACUGUGUAGAAAUACCACCCCAUGUUACUGGAUGGAUUGACAGGGCUUGUGAUAUAAAGCGCAGAGUUGUUUGUGAAUUCUAGAAAUAAAAUCUGUAUUUUUUACCC